GCACAUCCUUUUUGGACUCUUGGAUGUGCUCUUGGAUUUUCCAGUCUGAUUUCAUUGUUUACUCUGCAUAGACAAACAAAUGGAUUUUCCAGACGAAUGACAUAUUUGUGGAUAUCUUCGAGUUCCUCAGAGUGUCGUACUGGUGUGAAAACAUCUGUUUCAUCAAAGCAAAUUCCUUAAAGCCCUGGAGCUGAUUUCCAAACCAUGGAUGUUUUAAUUCCUCCAGAAGACUAUUAUGAGGACUAUUAUAAUGGAGAGGGACUUGAGGAAUUCCGACCAUGCGAGAAGACACAUAUAAAAGAAUUCAGUAAUGUCUUUCUACCGAUAUGCUACACUGUAACCUGUGUACUGAGUAUAAUUGCAAAUAUAACCCUUCUAAUCAUUUUCAUCAAGUAUAAAACUCUAAGGAAGAAAUUUCCUGUGAACAUGGUCAUCUCAGAUAUUUUAUUUACGCUGACUCUUCCAUUCUGGGCAGUGUAUGCAGCCAGUGAAUGGAUCUUUGGUGAUUUUAGCUGUAAGACAAUCACAUUUGUUUAUAUGUUCUGCUUGUACAGCAGCAAUCUCUUUGUCGCUAGCCACAGUUUGCAGAGAUUUUUGGACAUUGUAUGUGUUGAUUCUUCCAUCAGGAUCUUCAGAAAUCCAAAGAGGAAUACUAUUAUGUGCAGUUUGGUGUGGCUUCUGUCAGGUUUGGCUACAAUUGUUCAUGUCACUUUUGUCGAAACUCAAGAGUACCAACAGCAAAAGAUUUGCGCUUAUCAGUUCCAUGAUCAAAUGGGUUGGAGAAUGUAUAUACAAUUCCAGAUGAACGUUCUUGGAUUCGUCUUACCAUUCUUAGUUCUUCUCUUCUGUUCCAUCAGACUUCCAUGUGUUGCUCUCGGAAGGACCAAAUUCCAGAGAUGUAUGCCUGUGAGAAAUGAAUUUGGAUUCACUGUUAUGUUUUUUCUCCUCUGGUUCCCCUACAGUGUUGUUAUUUUCUUGCACGCUUUGCAAAACCUUCACAUUUUGCAUGCGUGCACCUUAAACAUGCACCUGGACUUUGCUAUUCAUGUGACAGAAUGUCUCGCUUUCACUCAUGUCUUCAUAAAUCCUCUAUUGUAUAUCUUUUUAAACAAAAAGAUCUGGAAACGGGUAAGGAAUGCAUGCAAAACUCCCAGGGAGUAUUUGCUGGAGGAAUCCAAUAACUCAUCAAACAUGUCAGUUCAGGAUAUUGAGUUGAUGUCAGUUUGGAAAUAUCAAGGUCAUGACCUGAGCAGCUCUUGUGCUGAGCGACCUAGUACCUCCCUACCUGAGGCAACAUAAAAGCUCAAUGCAUUUAAUUUGGUAAACUGUACUUAAUGAAUAAUUAUGCCAUUAUAAUGCUUAUUACAUUUAUGCCCCUUACCUUAAAUGGUUUCCUGUAAUAUAUAAAUAUACAGAACAUAUAUUUCUACAUAAAAUAUAUUUUAGCAUGCAGAUAGCUGACCUGUGUAACAUUUAUGUGUGUGUGUAUGCUAAUAUAUUAAGGUUUUAAUGAAAGUUGUUGAGAAGGUAGACCUUGACUUUCACAGACCAAUGGAUUUGUAAAGUUGUUUCAGUUGAUUUGUAGUUUCAGUGUUAUUAGGAUAAGGAUAUUGUCAAGUCAGUGGAAAAUGUUCAUAGGGUUGCAAGGCAUUUCCUGCUUUUGUCCAUCAAAUAUCUGAGCAUUAUGUAAUGGGAUCAGGGGUGUAGAUUCUAAAAGAAGCAAGUACAAACCCCAGCGUCAAUAUGAUCAUUAAUGCUGCCUUUUUACUACUUUUGCAUAUAAAUGUCAUAUAUGUUCUUCUUGAGCAGUGGUGAAUUCUCAGAGCCAGGAAGCCAAAUAAAUCAUUAUUUUUCAUCCUUUCAUUCUCAAUCACAUUUUUGCCUAUGUAUUUUAAUCACUUUCCACUCUUAAUUCAUCUACAAUCAAAUAGAGAAAA